AUCAUGUUAUGUCGGGCGUUUACGCACUCUAAUUUGUUUUGGUUUGGGGUUUCUGCUGUGGUGGGUGGUGUUCUGCGAGUGUAAUACCUAUACUUGCUAGUUAUAAAUCUCUCAAAACCAAAUGCUUAAGCAAUAUCCAAAAAUGUUAUUUAUAGCUCCUUAUAUUUUAUAAAAAACUCUUCUUAUAUGCAUAGGUAUAUGCAUGUAUUUGUGCUAAGUUUCUCGGUUUUGCAUUAACUUAUGGCUAUGGCAAAAAAGUUGGAAUCACGAACAUCACUCACGCAGUUUGCGCCACUAAGCCCCGAAUCCAAAUCUCAAACGUUUUCUAUCCGUAAUAUAUUUUGGAAAAGUAAAGAGAAAUCUGCAUCUACAAUCAAAGCUCCCGAGCAAUCUGAAGAUAAAACGUCUGAUGUGUCAAAUUCCUCUCAGAGUUUGUAUUCUGAUGAAUCUACGUUCUCAUCAGGAAAAGAUUCUGAUAUUGCUAAUAUAGAAAAUAAUCGUGGCACGUCUGGAAUUUUAGGCCGAAUUAUGGAUAAUAUUUUGGAUAAUAAAAAGAAGAGUUUGCAGAAUUACAAAGAUAGUGAUUUUAAGCAAUACUGGAUGCCAGAUAGCAAUUGUAAAGAAUGCUAUGAAUGUGGUGAUAGGUUCACAACAUUUAGGAGGCGUCACCAUUGCCGAGUAUGUGGUCAAAUAUUCUGUCGACGCUGCUGCAGCCAAGAAAUUCCGGGAGGUUUAAUUGGCUAUACUGAUGACCUAAGAGUUUGCUCCUAUUGCUGUGAUAUGGUAUUAUCGUGUGUAAGAUCCUUAUAUUCUGUGCCUCGAACUGAUGAAGACACUCCGUCUUUCCAUGAGAACCAACCACAGAAGCGUAGUACUGACUUUUCAUCAGAAACAUUAACAAGUCCCCUAGGUGUUAUGUCGCCUGCCAGAAGAAAAAGCUCUGUUGUGGGUUUUCGAGAAGAAGAUAUAGCUAGAGCAAAGUCUUUUAAGUCCGCUUUAAGCAAUAUGACUUACAGAGAACGCCAGAGUGUUCAAAAAAAUGAUGGAACGUUAAUGGACAGAGCAUACCUAAAAGAUCUUAUGAAUGAACUUAUAACUUCUGUACACAGCAUUUCUUUAUGGAAGCAAGAAUACAAAGAUCAUUACACAAAAGUUGUUUUAGGUUGUGACAUUGUUGACUGGUUGAUGGCUCAUAACAGCAGUUUGACAAGAUCUGAUGCAAUAAAUAUAGGACAAGCUUUUAUUGAUGCCCAACUCUUUGAAUGUAUAAUGCCUCAGCAAUUAAAAUUUAUUGAUGGCAAUGUUUUCUAUAAACCAGUGGAGCUGCCACAGUUUGAGGCACCUAUACAAACAGAUAAUGUGAAUGAAAUUCAAGAAAGCAUGGAACCUUUAUGGGUAAAAGAAAUACAACCAUCUGAUAAUUACAUAGUUAAAGAUAAUAACAAAGAUACUCCUGGGAUACCUAUAUCCCCAGGUACUCCAAGAUUUAGUGGAACUUGGUCUAGACUCUCUUCUUCCAGCUCAAUGUUUUAUUUAGAUCUUGAUGUGAAAGAGUCGAGAGUAAGUGUGUUUAAAGCACAGCAUGAUAUGGACAGCACGCCAUCGUCACAAGAUUCAGGAAACCUAACCCAACUAACUGAUUCAAAUGGUCCUGGCCAAGAAGAUGCUAUUCGUUUUAAAGUAUUUGAUGAUUAUAUACAAGAUACAUUUGAUGGAACAUUGAUUAAAGUUUUGAAUAAAGACAGUUUAGAUAAUUCAGUGCAGAAGUCUAUUAUUUCCUCCAAAACAUGGCAUCAUUCUCAGUUGCGAGAGGACAAUGGUGAAAAAGUAGCUUUCGAAAAAUUAAAUUUGAUGUAUAAAAAUCACGAGGAAACUUUAUUAAAUCAGCUACUUAGCAAUGAAGGGCUUUCUUUAUCUUGGGCUGAUAUUAUUCUUCCAAUUAUUCAUCAUGUAGUCAAUUCUGUUCAUCCUGAUGUGAAGAAUGAUGCUGAUGAUAUGGACAUAAGGCAAUAUGUUCAGUUUAAAAAAAUUACUGGUGGUAAUAAAUCAGAAAGCACUAUUAUCAGUGGCGUAGUGUUUUCAAAAACUGUUGCCCACAAAAAGAUGCGGCAAAAGAUUGAAAGCCCUACAAUUUUACUUCUCAGUUCAGCAAUAUCUUAUCAGAGAGUGUGGAAUAAACUUUCAUCUCUUGAUCCAAUUCUUAUGCAGGAAUUUGAAUAUCUAAAAAAUACUAUAGGGAAACUGACUGUUUUUAAGCCAGAUAUCUUAUUAGUUGAGAAGACUGUAUCCCGUAUAGCCCAAGAAAUGUUGCUGGGCCUUGGUGUUACUUUAGCUGUUAAUGUGAAACCUUCAGUUAUGGAACGUGUAGCUAGAAGCACACAAGCUGCAAUAGUCUCAACUGUUGAUCCUCAUCUUGGAAGACCACAACUUGGUCACUGUGAAACCUUUAAAGUUAAAACAUUUCCCAGUCUUGGAGGGAAAAGUAAAACAUUGAUGUUUUUUGAUGGUUGUCCUGAAAAUCUUGGUUGUACAAUUUUAUUAAGAGGUGGUUCUGGAAAUGAGUUAAAAAAGGUUAAACAAGUUGUUCAGUUUAUGGUGUAUGUGGCUUAUAACUGGCAUCUUGAGCGUUCCUUUUUAAUGGAUGAAUUUGCCUUUCCUCCUUCAUCUCUCUGUGAAGAAAUGGACAUUUCAGAUGAAGAUUCUUUAGUAGAGGUUAAACCAGAAGAAAAAAAGGAUGAAAUUACUUCAAUGGAAAGUGAUGUCCAGAAUCAAUCUGUUCCUCUCCCAGACUCAAAUAAAUCAAAUGAUAAAAAUUUAACUGAUAAUCUGUGUAAAAAAAAUAAGUCAAAAUUUGAUGACAGUGGUAGGAAGUUAGAGACUGAAUCUAUCAGCGAUUUUAGUGAUCCUUUGCAUUCCUAUUUACAGUUAGAAAAUGAUGUAUUUCCUAAUGAACCAUUUAAUUUAAAAGUUGAUACCCUACCUGUUCCUAACACAUUCAGCAAGCUGUUAGAUGAUAUAAUUUUGUGCAUUUCACUGAAUAUUAAGCCAACUCUUCCAUUUCUUGAAACUGACGCAGGAAAGAAAUGUGUCUUAAGGAAAUUUUUUCCGCAAGAAAUAUAUUGGUCACGGCAUUUUACAAAAGAAAAUGAUGUAGAAAUACUGCAUCAGAUUGAUGCUCAAAUUGAUUUUGAUGAUGAGAAUUUGUCCUUUAAAGGACUUGCCUAUAGUAGAAAUGUAGAAAUACUACCAUAUCAUAAAUUUAUUUCGUACAGAAUAACAGAUGUUGUCAAAUCCUCUAUUGAAACUCAGUCUUUAUUGGCUGAUUUCCGUGCCCGUGGUGGCACGAUUAAAUAUCUUUGCCCACAUGAACGAGUUGCUAAAGAAAAAGAAAAAAAAUUAGUAGAUAAUCAUCAGAUUGUCAAGGAACAUUCAAAAGCUUCUGAAGUUAAUACCAGCACUGGUCUUUGUUGGGAAAAAAAGGUUGAUGCUCUAGAUCCAUACAAUCACCAAAGUUUAGCAGUUCUUUUUUCUAGUUAUUCUUGUGCUUCAGAUAAUGCACCUAAUUAUUGUGUUAGUCCUUGGGUUGUGAAAAUGGAAUAUUAUGGGUCAAAUGACAUAACACUAGGUGGUUUCUUAGAUCGAUAUUGUUUUAGGUCAAGUUAUGUAUGUCCCAGCGCUUCUUGUGUUACUCCAAUGACAGAACAUGUUCGUAAAUUUGUACAUGGAUCAGGUUGUGUUCAUAUACUUCUUCAUGAAUUGGGUACAGGUCUUCAAGCAGCAGAAAAUAAUAUAUUAAUGUGGAGUUGGUGUCAUAAGUGUAAAAAAGCAACACCUGUAGUUUCAAUGUCUCAAGACACUUGGUCAUUUUCUUUUGCAAAAUAUCUGGAAUUAAGAUUUUAUGCUGAUGGUUAUAAAAGACGAGGCUCUAAAGAACUUUGUUCGCAUUCUCUUCAUCAUGAUCACUAUCAAUAUUUUGCAAAAAAUCAGCUUGUGGCAAUUUUUAAAUAUACUCCUGUUUUUAUCUGGGAACUUGCUUUUCCUUCUUUCAUUAUUAGUGUGCUUGACAAAGCUAUUCCAGUUACAUCACUUAUUGAACAAAUAAAAGUUAUUGCUAUGAAAGGGCAUGCAAUCUAUAGUGAUCUGCUAGCCAUGUUAUUCGCUUUGCGCAAAGAAUAUACAGGAUCAAGCUCUGAAGAUUUUGUUGAUGAUAUGAUAAACAUGCUACAGCUUGAAAUGCCAUCUUUUCGAGGUAAAAUUGAAGACAUCCAGCUUAGAUUAACAUCACCAACCUUAGAAACUUUGAAAAUCAAUUUAGCUGAAGAUAUAGAUAGAAAUAAAGAUGUCUGUAAUUUUAUGUGGAAAAUAGAAGAUCAGAUUAUUUUGUUGAAAUAUCACAUAGCUGAAGUUGCUCAUGUGUGGAAUAACAGAAUUCAAGAAUUUAUAUCAGCUAGGAAAAAGGAACAAAAAUUGCAUUCAAAGCUUACACCUCAGACCAGUAAAACAUCUGAGGAAGACACAGUUGUAAAAGGCAAUAGCCUAUCAUCUGAGGAGAGAACUAUGGAAUUGGCUGAAUCAAAUGUUGUGGAUACCGUAUGCUCAGAAUUGGAACAUGUUUCAGCUGAAAAGAUAGGUUUUGAAAUUAAACUUGAAAGCUCAAAACUAAUGAAAAAUCAUUUAAAGAAAAAAUUCAGCAAAUUAACAAUACCAAAACGUUCUUUGUCAUGUGAAAAUAUUACUGAACUUGUUAUGCCCAUAUCUUCAGAAUCUACUUUAGUUAGAUCUAAAAGUGAGCCAGAAUGUUUUAUUUGUCUAGCAGAAGAAUUUGACUUGAAAAAUAAGUUUGAUAGAGAAUGUAGCGUUUCUAGUAGCGAUUCCAGUUUUACUUAUGGUGUAACUCCUGGUAUUUAUGCUGGCUUAAAAGUUACAGAACCAGAAAAUUACGAAAAUUAUGUGAUUUGUCAUAAAGACAGUGUAGAAGAAAAUUUACCAGUCACAAAGCAAAGAAAACAUCAUGAGCGUUCAAAAUCAGAAACUGAAGCCAUACAUACUAUAAAUAGGCAGAUAUCUGAGAAAAGUUCAGUAGAUGGUGCUAAACCUGAAAAAAAGGAACGAAGUGUCAAAGCAAUUCUGAGUCAGUUUCUGUCAAGUUCUGCAGUUAAUCCAAUAGAAAAUCCUUUCUCCAAUUUAGAACAUUUACUUCUACCUCUUACACAAAAGCUACCAGUUAUUGUGCAUGAAGAGGAACCAAGUUCCAUAAUUGCCUAUGCUUUAGCAUCAGAUGAUUAUGAGCAAAAAUUACAAGAGCUUAAACUCAAUAUCACAAAUACUAUUAAUAUCUCACAAAAAGAUAGUCAAACAUCUAGUCCUUUAUUAAAGCAUAGACCUAAUUCUAAGAUACAAAGUGAGAACAGUCGUACAGAUGGACAUUUCUCAAGUGAUGAUAUGUUUGAUUUUUCUAUUGAUGCAACAGAGAAAGGUCAUGUAAAACCAGCUAGCAAAAUAUCAAAUUUUCAUAUUGAAAUUCAGUUUACAGACAACACUACAAGAUUUUAUUGCAGGGUAUACUACGCUGAACAGUUUCGUAAGUUGCGUGGUUUAAUAUUCACUGAAGGAGAAGAGCGUUACAUACGAUCAUUGUCACAUUGUGUGCAGUGGAUAGCAAGAGGAGGAAAAUCAGGAUCAAUGUUUUGCAAAACACAUGAUGACCGUUUUAUUCUGAAACAAAUGCCAAGAUUGGAACUUCAAUCAUUUAUGGACUUAGCACCAUCUUAUUUUCAAUAUUUAAAUAAAGCAUAUUUGGAACAAAAACCAACUGUACUAGCCAAAAUUGUAGGCAUUUAUCGAAUUGGAUUCAAAAACACCACAACAAAUGCUGCUACAAAAAUGGAUUUACUUGUUAUGGAGAAUUUGUUUUAUAAUCGUAAUGUGUCCCGGAAGUAUGAUUUGAAAGGAAGCAUUAGAAAUCGACUUGUUAAUACAAGUAGAAUACAAGAAGAGGAUAUUGUUCUUCUUGAUGAAAAUCUCUUAAAAAUUACUUGUGACAAUCCAUUAUAUGUAAGACCACAUUCCAAGACUGUUCUUACUUUGGCUAUUAGCAAUGACACUCAGUUCUUGGUUGAUCAAUCAGUUAUGGACUACUCUCUCUUAGUUGGACUUGAUGAAGAAAAGGGAGAAUUAGUAAUUGGCAUCAUAGACUAUAUUCGCACAUUCACAUGGGACAAAAAAGUGGAAAUGCUUAUAAAGUCAUCUGGAAUUCUUGGGGGUCAUGGAAAAAUGCCUACUGUAGUUUCUCCAGAGCUGUACAAAAUGAGAUUCUGUGAAGCUAUGGACAGUUAUUUUUUGUGGAUUCCAGAUCAGUGGACAGGAUUAGGAAAGGGUGUAGAUGGAUAAAUGAAUUUUAUGGAGAGUUAGAUAUUUUAAUAUAUUUUUUAUGCAUAUAUGUAAAUUUUAUGAUAUUCUGUAACUACAGUUUAUUCAUUUCAAAUAUUUUACUACAAAGUUCCUCGACCUGA